AAUGUUUGGCAAAUAAGCCCAGGCCCAAGUGAUUGAAGCUGUUUGCAUCUACAAGUGUAGUAUUACCUCCCGCUGGUGUGCUGGAAAUCGACCAGAAUGUUGCAGUUUCUAAAAAAAACAGGUCGAAGAAAAUCUAUCACAACCGGCAGCAACAGUGAGUAUUCACCAUCAUCGAUACUAAACAAUGAUCCAACGACGGAUCCAUCAUCACUCAGAACAUCGGAUGAUGUCAUCGAUGGUACAAAAGCACCUGAAAAUGACGAAGAAGCGUUAAGACAAGCAGAACGGUAUUGCUUCGAACGAAAAGAUACUGUUUCUGUUCGUGUUUCAAAACUUUCGCGCCGUAUGAUUGACAUUCUGGCAGAGCAGAGCUGCAUCUGCUACUUUGUGCAAUUUUUAGAAUCGAAAAAUGCUCUUUCGUUGAUUAAAUUUUGGCUAGAAGUAGAAAGCUUCAAGGCAGCUGCUUCCGAAAGUGUGCGGGGAGGAGUAUUAAGAUCGUCGGUGGGUGGUUCCGGUGGCCAUGCUCACGGGAGGUUGCAUCGUAGUGUCUCUUCCGACGGGUACGAUAGUUUAUCGUACUUCAGCAUAGAUUGUGAUUCGUUAUCGACGAAUUCUUUCUCCGAAAAUGCCUUCGAAGACUCACAAUCGGCCGACGAUGGGCGUGAGCUGGAUUCGCGAACGUCACAAAGCUGUACACCGAUACCGCCGCCCACUCCACUGGAAGUGCUGGAGGAAGUGGACAUUAAGGAAGAUGGUUCUGAGCCAGCGGGUUCGCUGCAUGAAGACGAAGAAGCGGUAGGCAAAGAACCAAAAGACAAGCAUAUGGAAGUCUGUGAUAUAACGAUCAUGCGGCAGUCAUUGACUGACGAUGAAAAAACACAAAUCUGUGAAGCAGGCAAAGGAACAGCGAUGGAAGUGACGGUUGCUACGGCAAAGCCUAUGCGGCCAUUUAACUCGCUCAUCAACUCGGAUGCGGUAAGAAUCUACAGAAAGUAUUUGGUCACAAAUUCGCCACACUACAUCGAAAUGCCGGCCACCAUACUGUCCAAUAUCUCGCUCGGUCUUGCUGGCAGCAGUGGGACGUGCAGUGAGACUAUCUUCAACGAAGCACAAAACCACCUGUUAGAAAUGUUGGAGCAAACUUAUCUAAACCCUUUCCUGGAGAGUUCCUUCUACUGCAAGUACACACUCGAGGUGCUGACGAGCGAUAACCUUACGCUUCGCGACAUUUUGGCCAGUGAAAUGGCGCUGUUCUUCUUUAUGGAGCACCUGGAACAGCAGGGUAAACGCCACUAUUUGGAGUUCUACGUCGGAGCAGUACAUUUCAAACGUUCGGUGGAGGAUCAAAUCCAAGCGCAGAAGGAUGCAGUCGUGCUGUAUGAGAAAUAUUUCUCCCUGCAGGCCACCAGUACGCUUGGGCUAAGCGAUAAGAUACGCUUUCUGCUAGAGGAGCAUAUUUGCUCGCCGGAUCCAAUCAUCGUGGCCGAAUGUUUCGAGCUUCCGGUUCGAAUAAUAGAACACUUUCUUGAGCAACGGUAUUUUGCGGGAUUUAUCAAAUCUCCGCUCUAUUGCCGGUUUAUUAGCGAGUUGCUCGGAAAGGUGAAGACGAGUGCGAAUGACGCUGGUCGUGGGACAGAAAGACUUCCCAAUGCUGGUGGUGCAGGUCGACGUGGGCAUCGCAAAACGCUUUCCGACGUAACUAGCGAUUGCAGUGCAGGUGGUGGUGGUGGUGGUAGGCGUGGAAACACGGUUUCGUUUAUUUCCUCCCAAAACACACUGCUAGCCAUGUCCGACACAAACUACCAGCGUAAUCGAAAGCACCUGGUAGCCGUUGCACUAGCGGCCGCCAGCAAUGGUCCGACAGGCGGUGGAACGGGAGGCGGUGGCAGUGUUGCCGGUGGUGGUGAUAUCAUGCAGAUCGAUUCCCGCCAACUGUACAAUCCAGAUAUGCUGUGGCGACGGCGCUCGUCCCCUGUGGCAGGUCUAACGUUCGGGCGGAUCGAUGCACUGGGACGGUACGAGCGAGAUUUCGAUAUUGCAGAACCACCGUCCGGAGAUGACCGUUGGAGCCGUAAUCGAAUCAAGAAAGCCGUUCGCAAACUUGUCAAUUUGCCAGAAGACAAGGCACAGGAAGAGUUGGCCUGGCAGGUGGCCGAGAUGAUUGUGAAAGACAUUACGAACGUUACCAUGAGCAAUAGUAGCAGCAACAAGACGUGAUUGAAAACGGAUCUUCACCGCUGGGGCGACGAUAUUCCAGUGAUGGUGGA